UCAGGAAAUCGCGAAUCCGAGAUCCGGAUGCAUGUAAACAUCCACGUCAACAAGCAGCCGAUCUUUCAGAAACGAGAAUAAAUCUAUGUUUAUAUAUAUUUAUUUUUUUCUUCCCACACGGAUGCGUUGUUAGACAGUGCUACAGGAACGUGUUGGUGAUCGGAAUCCCGGCCUGCGAGUGGGAAUAAUGACUUCGCUGACGCAGAGGAGCACCUCGGGCCUGGUGCAGCGGCGGACCGAGGCCUCGCGUACCGCCGCCGCCGACAGAGAGAAGAGCUCCGACGGGGACGAGCACGACGAGCGCCGCGGGGAGGAAGACGAGGAGGAGCUGGGAGACUCGAAGGAGACGCGGCUAACACUAAUGGAGGAAGUGCUGCUGUUAGGACUGAAGGACAGAGAGGGUUAUACAUCAUUCUGGAAUGACUGCAUAUCUUCAGGUCUGAGAGGCUGCAUGCUAAUCGAACUCAGCCUCCGAGGACGACUACAACUGGAACCUUGCGGCAUGAGAAGGAAAAGCCUGUUGGCUAGAAAGGUUCUGUGUAAAUCUGACGCACCAACAGGAGACGUGCUGCUAGAUGAGGCGCUGAAACAUGUGAAGGAAACGCAGCCUCCUGAGACGGUGCAGAACUGGAUAGAGCUGCUCAGUGGAGAGACGUGGAAUCCCAUGAAGCUCCACUACCAGCUUCGAAAUGUCCGUGAGCGCCUGGCGAAGAACCUGGUGGAGAAAGGUGUGCUGAGCACCGAGAAGCAGAACUUCCUGUUGUUCGACAUGACCACGCACCCGCUGAGCAACAGCACGGUGAAGCAGCGCCUCGUCAAGAAGCUCCAGGAAGCCAUGCUCGACAAGUGGGUGAGGGAGCCGCAGCGCAUGGACAAGCGCCUGCUCGCGCUCAUCCUCCUGGCGCACUCCUCGGACGUGCUGGAGAACGCUUUCGCGCCACUGCAGGACGAGCAGUACGAGCUGGCGACCAAACGCGUACGCACGCUGCUCGAGCUGGAGCCGGAGACCGAAGCGUCCAAAUCCGGCGCCAACGAGCUGCUCUGGGCCGUCGUGGCCACUUUCACCAAAUAAACCUGACUGGGAACGGGAGAGAUGGAAAGAAUGAGAGAGAGUUAGUGGACUUUAUAUCCGAAGAGAGAAAGACCGAGAUUGUGUCUGCUUGAACCAAAUAAAGGGGGAAGGGAGAAGGCUCUGAGCUCAUGACCCUUAGCUUGGGUUAGACUGGACUAUAUUGGAGGUGGUGGGAUAAAUAUUAAUGGUGGAAUUCCUUAUAAUGAAGGAGAUGAUUAUAAUUAAGAUAAUGAUGAUUAUUAUUAUGAAAAUGUUUUUCAAUGAACCCUAUCUCCACAACUUGGAGAUUUUGUGUAGUUCGGUUGUGACUCUUAGACACUUAGUGUUCAGUCACUUGAUUCUUUGAAUAUGCUCCCUUCACUCGAGGAGAGCUGGAUCUGCUCAUACACAGGUAUCCACCAAUGCACGUUCUGCAAGAAUGGUUCUGCCAUCUGGUUAUAAAAUCACUGCCCUCGUUUCCACCAUAUAAUAAAAGAGUAGUUAGGUGGAAAAAAAAAAGAAGGCACAAUGUUCCUUUAACACAAGCAAACAGAGUUUACAUUUGGGCUGCCGGGUCAUUGUGUCUGAAAAGUAGUAAAAAUCUGUUAAAAGAAUCUUUCCCAUUAGUAUCUGCAACAGAAAUGUAAGAAAAAACAACUUUAUGGCUGAUCAACCACCAAUUGUUAAGUGAGGAUUUGUUUUUUUCAUCACACUUUUUCUUUCACAAGUCUGGAUAUUCAUGUACUAUUGUUCAUUGUUUCUCAGACUGGACGUUCUCCUCAAAGCAGACAUGGCAUGAUUAUGCUCUGACUGAGAUCUGACUCGUACCACCUUGAGAGACUUCCAGAUUUUUAUUAGUAUGUUUAUUUCGCACAUCAGUUAUUUCUUUCUUUUUUUUUUUUUUUAACGACCAGGCCCCAGCAGGGCUGGUGGGUAUCUUAUUAGUUUUUAUUAGGGAUUCACUGUCAGCAUGAUUACUGCGAGCACUUUAGUGUCGCCAUCACAUCCAAUGACUGUUCUAACCGGCAAAAGUUUUUUUUCUCUCCCCUAACCAUGUAAAUUUUUUAGGGUUUUACACAGAGAAGGGAAAGUGUGUGCGUGCUUUUCCAACCUGCCUGAGCGAUUUUAAUGCACAUCAUAGGUAUUUCUAAACUUGACAAUAUUUGCACACUUCUUGAAAAAAGGCUAUCUGUGUAUGUGUGUGCGUGUUUUUUUUUCUUUUUCUUUCCUAACACAAGGCCAGUAAGUAUAUGGAGUUCUGUGUUUGAGUGGUUGGCUUUCCCCUGUAAUAAAAGGCGCAUGAAGACUGUGUAGUGGUCAGUGGAAGUAAGGUUGCUGAGUAAAAUAAAUGGAAAAUGAAUUUUUAGCAAUCAGGAACAAAAACUAGGCACCAUUAACUAGGCAUAAUUAAUUACUCAUGUUUACAUGUUGGAAAGGCUUUAUUUUCUAUUUCCAACAGAAUCAGAUUGCAGACUGUAGUCAAGUUGAUCAGCUUGGCCCUUUUUAUGAACCAACAGCUGAGGAGCUUCACAUCAGCUGAUAAGAAACGGCCUUCUAGAUGUCCAAGAAGACCUACAGAAAAAAAGCACGACAUGAAUGCAGUUUUAUUUAUCAAAAAAAGAAAAUCUGUCAUUUCUAGUGGAGUUCAAACUUCUUAACCCGUAACUGGGUUAAAUGUCCAAUAAUGUGUUUUUUCUAAAUACAGUCCACACACACCAAUGGGACUCACAAUACAAACCCAAUUUAACCUCCUGACUUUGUGUCCAUUCUACUUUUGAAAACAAACAUUUUGAUGGGGUCUGAAUUUCCAGAUUUGUCUGUAUUUCAGUGUUACCUUCUGUUUUGAUGUGAUUCCAUUCCAAUGCAAAGUUGGACCAAAACAUCUCUGGGUCGGUAUCAAAUUUAACUUUAUUUUUUUGAGAGCUUGACUGAUCAUUAUGUCCAUCUGAAUCUUAUAUUUUGCUGCAGUAGAGUUGUAGCAAAGAGGAAAAAAAGAAAGUAGGAUCAAUUCAUCCUUAGUUCUUUCUUAGUCAUUCCCCCUUACUGUGAAUGAGAAAAUGUUUUGGGUUUGGUUGUUGAUCUACUGUUAGUUAACUACUGUGUAGACGUAGUACUGGUGUGAGAAGAAACUGGAUUUGUACACAUGCUUUUUACCUUGUAAUAAAGGAUGAUCCUUUAAGUGCCUGAACUGGAUGGAAACAAA